AUGCCCGUUGCGGGCUUAUUCACCAUUAAUUCCCUUCGCUCUGCUCCUGUUCGCGGCGAGGCACCGAGGCAGAGCUGCCCCUCACCCCUUUUCGGAAGAGGUUUUAAAGCAAAGCCGCUGCUAAAGCUGUGCCUGGCCCGCCUCAGCGCCGCCUCCCACCUGUGCCGCCCGGCGCCUCCCUCCCUCGGCCCCGCCGUGAAGCUGCACUUCGGCAUCGCCGCCGCCGAGGGGCUGGGGAGAGGUGCGGGAUCCGCUGGGAGCGCGGAGGGAGCGGGCGGCGGAUCCGGCGGCGUUGUGCUCGCAGGGAUAGUCUGUGUUCCUGGGGGGAUUCCUGCUCGAAAGGCGCGGCACAGCCAGCUCCGCCGCCGGGACGUGCGGAUGAGGGCACCCCGAAAGCCGCGGUGGGGGCAGCCUGCCUCCGAUCCCGCAACCAGGCUGAGCUGUGGAGCGGGAGGGGCUCUCCUGGCCCCCAGGAUCCUAGUGUGGGAUGGGGGCAGCCACUUGUUUCGCCCCACUCAGGCAGUGUCGUGCCUGCUUUCCCUCCAUAGCAAUGGGCAGUCUGCCCAUUCUCUAUCCUUCCAGAUCAGUGAGCUGAGCGACCCACCCCCGCUGUUCACAACUGCCAGAGCUGAUGAGGGACCCGGUGUGGUUACUUUGGAUUCAAAUAUUACCAAUAAUGACAUCUUCAUAGAUUUUUUUCAAAAGCUACAUCAGGAUAUAUUUAAGAUCCAAACCCAGAGAGCCUUUUUGGAUUUUUACCUUGCUGAUGACAGCAAUAGUUGACUUGAUAUCCAGACACUGGACAUUGCAGAAGGAAUAUUGGAGGUAACACUGUGCAAGAUGUCAAGUGAAUUAAUAAAGUAUUUUAGCUUAUUUUUUUUUCAGGAUCAUGAUGACAGUGUUCUCCCUGUUAAGUUUUACAAGGUGCUUAACAGCCCUCCCUUGGAUUAUUUUGUGGUGAAAAAAGUGGAAUACUUCGAUCUUCCUUAUGUGAGUCUUCAGAGCAUGAAGGACUUGCACUGCAAGCUUGAGAUCAGAAAGCAUCAGCACCCCAGUCCUGUUUGCUGUGCAGCAAAUGAUGGUGCUGAGUUGUGGUAUGUAGAUCCUUCUCUUGAUAUACUGCUUAUGGACUGUAGAGCUUCACUGAACUUACUAUAUAUGCAGGCAAUCCAGGAAGUUGAGAGGAAUUGGGUUAAACCCACAGAAGAGCAGAUGUAGGAACUUGAAUUUCCACAAAAAAAUGCAAACAAAGCAAAGGUUUCUGUAUUUUUGGUGCAAUUCCUGGAGCAGAUUUGAGAAAUGCAGUUCUAUGGAUACAUACAGCUUGAUCCUUGUAUUUGUGACUAUCCAGAAGAAGGCUGCUCAGGUGACAUCCAUGUCGGCAAUGAUAAGAUUAACUGCUGCAUAACACUGCCCACUAACCAAUCAGAGGUCAGCUUUAAAAUCAAGAAGUUGGGUGCUACAAAGGAUGGUGAAGAAGACACACUGAAGCCUAGAUUUGAGUACAAUGACUCAGGCACAUGGCAGUGGAUAAUUUUGUACACAAAACAGCCCUUUGCAUUCAGUAGCUGCUUGAAGAAAAUGGUAUCAGAACAGAUGAUGAAGGCAGCCAAAGGCCAAGAAAUGCAGAUCAAGAUGCCCGAAUCAACGAAAAAUAGAAAUAGGAAAUUCAGCAUCCAACAAAAGCAGGUAGUUCAUUCGGGUUUUAUAUCAAGGAAAAGAUUUUUGGUUAGGCCAAAUGAAGGAGACUGUGUAUUUGGGAAAAUAAGAGAAGAAGACCUGUGA